GAUCCAGGCGUUUAACAGUUUCUGUAUGUACAUGCAUUACCUUCUCAGGCUAGACUCUAGAGUUUGAAGGUUUCCGUAAAACAGUCAACGUGAGUGACAUUCUUAUGAAGUCGUUGCCGGGGUUUUUAUACGUGCUCAAGUUGAGGAGAGGGUAUAAGUACCAAUCCGUCGACGAGUUCCUCUUGCACUCCCCUCUAGACUCACUGUCAACUUCAACAUUAUGACCACUGAGUCAUGGACGUCGCUAGAUUCUACUCCAGGCCGGCGCAUUUUCUUUCGCCCACUUGGAAGUUCAGAAACUACCUUCUAUUGGGCUGGCGUUUCCAGCAAUACCGCUGAUACCGUGAUGCACAUACACCUUCGUACCGCACAAGCCAGCGACCAAGUCGUUCAUUCCCAAUCGAAUAUCUUACGUUCUUGGGUAUCUGUCAAAAGGCGCUUUCCCCUCAUCGCAGCUGAAGUGGAAGAACACGAGUUUGGUCCACGCUUUAUUAUCCGUGAAGAAACAGUCAUGAAUCUUCGACCUGAUGAUGUCACAUUCACGGAAGUCGAUUCCUUUCACCAUGCUGAAUGUUUCGUAACCGACAUUAUGGAUGGUCCUCGGCGCCUUUCAUCUCAGUUACUUACUCGUGCCUAUAUCUUGCGCCGAACAGAUAAAAGUGACCAUUUUCACGUCGUGAUCAUGCUCGCCCACUGCAUUACAGAUGCAGCUGGCACGAGCACAGUGCUUAGGACGUUUUUUGACACACUGUCAUCUCAGAUUGAACCACCGUACAUUCCUCUGGGCGAGAGAAUGCAUAGUUUUAAGGCUUUAGAGAGCAAUUUGGGUUCUAGAGAUCUUUCACUUGUCAAAAGACGGUGGAGGCGGGCUUUGGGUUAUGCAAUUGACUUGGCACGGAUGUCCCGAUUCAAGGGCGGUCACACUCUUCCCGGAGACUUCAGGGAAUCCACACCUCAUACUUCCGCUAAAAAACGCAACCAUGUCUCAGUGUUUUCGAGAGCAGUGUCGUCAACCAUUCUCACCAAUUGCCGCCGCCAUGGUAUUACCAUGAAUUCUGCGUAUUAUGCCCUCAGCCAAGUUGCCAUGGCACGUGUUUUAUGUCGACGGUACCUCAGGGGCCAGAUCUCGGAAGAAGAAUGGGAGUACAGGAAGCGCCAGCCCAUGUACGUCCUCGGGCCGGUGAACUUGCGCCCGUAUCAAGAUAAGGACUGGUUUGAGACGGGCGGCUCGGGCGAUGUUGGCGUUGGCAUCGGCACAGUCCAGUAUGUGCUUCCCUUCAUGCCUCUUGGUGACAUGUCUAGGGGAGACCCUAGCAGGUUGGAACUUAUUGAUGGGGCACCGGACUUCCCGGCUCUUAUGUCUUUCGAUCGGUUUCUUCUCCGAUGUGCUAAUGUGAAGGCGCAAGCUCAGAAGCUGCUCGAGCACCCACGAUUAGUUGAUAUAUGUACUUCCACCGUGAGACUCCAUUGGACUCCUUUCGGGAGGGAAAUUGCUUCGAAGUGGUUGAAGACGAGAGACAGUGUUCAGCUAGAGGACGGCGAUAAAAGUAUAUCCGUUCAGUCUUUGGACCCGAUAUACACACAAGGAGGGGCCACCCUUGGCAAUAUGGAUCAUGUGUUGCCCACAGAAUAUCCUCUGCCUCCCGAGCACUACCUGUCGCCCCUGCACAGCACGCCUCACGCCCAUCGGGCCGGUUAUGCGCCGUGGUCACCGCAGGCUGCUGCUUUCGAGGACGCCAAAACACCACGACCUCAUGUUGAGUACUGGCGUGCCCAUGCACACAUAACGCCUGCCAAGCUGUAUCUUGGCGCAUCGACUGCACGCCAGCAACUGCAAUAUUUUGUCUCCUACGAUCAGCACGUCUUUAGCGAAAAAAUUGUCACGGAGUGGUUGAGUGAGUUGAAGGAUGCAACGUUGUGGUAUCUGGGCCAACCCCAUAGCAAUGGAACGCCUUUACAGAGCAAGUUGUAGUGCCACAUUGCAAUGUUGCAAAAAUAAUACAAGAAAAGUACAGAAAUAGUGGAGUAGUCGUCUCUAGGGUGGCCUGGCAUGGGUAUAGAUAUAUCAUGGCCUGUUGCAUUAAUACCGGGGAAGAUUUUCGUCAAGCGCUGCGGCGCAAGCAGCCUUGGGUUUACCGUCGUUGAGACAAUCCUCGAAUUCAAACAAGGGUUGGCGGACGGGAUUCGAAAAUGAUACACGCGCGGAAUCAACAAAAGUAAUUGUACGGACACCCCAUCCCUAGUUGAAAAGUCGUAUGUACGUGUGUCCCUGUUGAUAAUUGAAUGAAUUCAGGGUGUGU